AUGGCUUUGCAAGGUUCCUUUGUUUCUGCUGAAACCAAGGAAAUGUUGCAGCCCCAGGAUGUUCACUCAUUCGGAGAUGCUAACAAAGUGAGAAAGAACAUUUCCUGGCAAUGUCAGACCUCCUGUGAGAUCACCAGUAGCGCGCAGGACCCACUAACGUGCAGAAUUGUUCCUCCAGGUGUGGAUGGCAAGAGAAACGCAAAUGCCGCAGACGCUAAGGAUUUCCAGAAGUACUGCAUAGAAGGUGCCAUGGUGGUCUUGGGCUCCGUGCUGCUUGGCAUGGUCUUGUGUUGCAUGGUCCGUCUGUGGAGGAAGAGAAGACACUCUCUUUCCAGUCAUCAGAGCAGCCUCUCCCCUUCCUCAGGGCUGUCUUCAAGCACAUCACAUGCAGAAGAACUGAAAGGAGCCUUAUCUCAGGGAAGAAGGACUGCCAGCCCUCUCUCUUGUGGUCUGAUCAGCUUACAGCUAAGGCACUGUAUUGUGCUGGAUUCAAACCGGGAACUCCUUUAUCCUCCUGUGGUCCUGUCCUACAUCUGCACACCAGUGUUGAGAACACAACUUUGCUCCAGCCCUCAAGAACCUUUUCAACUGCUUCAACCUCAGCCCCUAGCACCACCUCUUUGGUUGUCAGCAUGGCAAGCAGUACGAACGCUGCAAACAGCCUUGGCCUGAGUGUUACCAGUGUGUCUCUAGCAGCUGCUACCACAGGGUCAGCUCCCUUGGUGUCUUCAGGUUUGCAAUAUUAACUGGCAGAGGAGUUCUUUUUUUUUCUAAAAAUUGAGUAAAUUGAUAAAUAGAAAUGAAUGGUGUUGUAGAUAUUUCUUGUUAGUAAGAGUUGUCUCUGUACUUCAGGGUUUUUUUCAUUAAAAGGUA